UCAAGGCGGGCGGGCGACCGUUUCUGGCUAUAGAGGCUUCCGCACACCUUCGAGGCAGCCCUCUCCCGGGCUUGAGGGAUCGGGAAGUGCAAGCCCGACCCACGCCGCCGCUGCCCCCGACUGCCGCUGUUCGCGGAGUCUCUGGGCUGGGGAGGCUGUGGUGCAUUCCUUCCUGUGCGCGGGCCGGCCGGGCUUCUCCGCCGCGGCUCGCUCCCGUUUCCGUAUCCGGCUCCCGGCGUUUCCGGGCAUGGCGAGGCCUGUCUGGGAGGUAGGUGGGUGAACUCGGGGACUGGUCCCGGAGGCCGGGGGCGACGAAGCCUGCUCGCCCAGGGUGAAUUGCAAGUCUCCUAAUGCUGUUCUCUGACCUUCAGCAGAGGGGGAGUCGCAUGUCCUCCCACUAAGCCGCUCUUCCCAGCUGGUUGCGCUCAAACGGCCUGACACAUGUCUACCUUACUCCUCAACCUGGACUUCGGCAAGCCUCCCCCUAAGAAGGGGUUCGAGGGCAAUGCCAAGCACCGAAGUUUUGUCAAAAAGCGGCGGCUCUUGGAACGGAAGGGUCUUCUGGCCAAGAAGAAUCAGCCUCCUAGCAAGGCACCUAAAGCUCGCUUGGAGGCAAAGCAGCAGAAGCAACAGAAGCAGCAGAAUGGGGACAUGACCAGAGGGGAUGGCUCAGGGAAGGCUGCCUCCCUCCCCAAAAAGAAGCCCGCUGCUUCCAGUGGCACAGCCGAGCCAGCCCAGGACAGGACAGCUAAGGUUCCUUGGCUGACCCCAGGCCCUUCACAGAAGGGUGGUUCUGUGGUGGCCAAAGUGGAUCUACUGGGGGAGUUCCAAAGCGCCCUUCCAAAGGUGAAGAGUCGUGUGCCGCGCUCCCAGAAGGGCUCUCGGAAGAAGUCUUCUCAGAAGAGCACCGCACAGCCGUCCACCCAAGGUCCCCCGGAGAGCAAGUGUCCUGCCACACUCCAGAAGAUUCCGAGCAAGAUGGUGGCGAUUGACUGUGAGAUGGUGGGCACAGGGCCCAAGGGCCAUGUCAGUUCCUUGGCCCGCUGUAGCAUUGUCAGCUACGAGGGCGAUGUGCUCUACGACGAGUAUAUCCGCCCGCCCUGCCAGAUUGUGGAUUAUCGCACCAGGUGGAGUGGGAUCAAGAGGCAUCACAUGGUGAAUGCCACCCCCUUCAAGGUGGCACGGGGCCAGAUCCUGAAGCUCCUCACGGGGAAGAUAGUGGUGGGCCAUGCCAUCCACAACGACUUCAAGGCCCUGCAGUACUUUCACCCCAAGAGCCUCACUCGGGACACGUCUCACAUCCCCCUACUCAACCGCAAGGCCGGCUCCCCGGAGAAUGCCACCAUGUCUCUGAAAAACCUCACCAAGUUGCUGCUGAACCGGGACAUCCAGACAGGCAAAAGUGGUCACUCCUCUGUGGAAGACGCCCAGGCCACCAUGGAGCUGUACAAAUUGGUUGAAGUUGAGUGGGAACAGCACCUGGUCCAGAAUCCCCCGAAAGACUAGUAGCUCUGGGGACCCUGGUGGUUGGCCUCAAGGGCCUGCCCAGGGAGCGGGGCAAUGGCCCCGGGACCUGCUCUUCCUCCUCUUCACUUGAGAAGCCAGAAUUUUGUGGGGAGAGCCUCCCCCGCUCCCCAGACACCUUCCAAUGAAAUUUCACCUCAGGCUUGUGCUUGCGUCUGGCUUAAGUGUGGAACAAGGAAGCCACCGAGUCAGCCCUCCUGCAGUGUUCACCUCAGAAGUGGUGCUAACCAAGGUCCCAGCGUGCUGGGCUCCCUAGAACUUCUCUUUUUGAGGGAUGGAGGCACACAUCCAGCUCCGUCGUGACCCCUGGCGGUGCUUAAGGAACCAUAGGUGGUACCGGGGAUUUGAACCAAGGGGUCAGCAGGAUGCAAGGCAAGUGCCUUAACUCUUGGCCUAGCUCUCCAGUCCCUCACUAGAACUCUUGAUCGUGACUCUCCCGGGGCAGGGCUUGCUGGGAAACGGGGUUCCCCCAACCUGCCUUAUCAUGGAGGGCCACAUAGGCCCCUGUUCACACCUUUCAUUCCCAGCUGCUGGACAGGACCGUCUUUCUUGCCAGCGCUGACACAGUCACGCCGUAAGUCACAGACUCUUGCCACAGAGUCUUCCUGGAGGCGGUGCACUAGUCCCUGUUCCACCCUCAUGUCGUCCCCAGCGGGGUUUUAUCUUCCUCAGGGUCAUAGGGCGGUCGAGGUCAGAGUGUGACUCGGAAACCAGCUUUCAGGCGGAGGAAAGUGACGUCUUUCAUAAAGCAAUCGAGGAAUGAUUUACAUUAGACCCCACUUGGUAGGUUUUUAAAAAAAGAUUCCAAGGUAUUUUAAGUCUUUGCUGAACCAAGCCUCACAAAAUGUGUCCCUUGAUAAAUUUUUAUAAUGAAAAAAAAAAAAAAAAAGGACAAUGGUGACAUGUUUUUACUUCCCAUUGAGUGGCCUACACGAGCAACUGGGUGGGCCAGUGGGCAGCUCUGGGCCCUGGUCCUUGUCCUCAUAGCAGAUCCACAGCACACCAACGACAACACCCAAGUCAUGUUCCCACAGGGCCCGUGACCCAGGAGUGACUGGGAAUGGGCAGGCGGAGGGCUGGAGCGGGGGAGGCAGGGGCAGGGUGUUCGGUGAUGCCAGCCGCAGCUGCCAGCUUUCUUCCUCCACACCCUCCUGGGGCCAGGUGACUCACAGCUCUGACCUGCCAUCUGGGUCCCUGUCUGCACCAGCUCGAGAGCACACAGGAUCCGCUAAUGCUCGGGGACUCUCUUGCCCUCCCCAGUGUCUGGCUGGGCCCCAGGGGCAGCGUCCGGGCCCCAGGCAGCCACAGACAGGGGGCUUCCUGCCAGCCAGCCAAACCCCAGGCAAGGCUCACUCUCACUGUCAGCCACUGCUGCACUCUGAGCAAGUUGGUUCCUGUUGCACCCAAAUAUAAUGUCCAUGACACAGUCGAGAAGGUGCCAACAAACUCGACACGCCUCUAAGUGGGAACAGUGGGCAGGACACACCUAAGACAAUAGGCAUGAAAGUAAGUCUUAAUUAUAUUGUCGUGCGGGAGCUGGAAUCUCACCAACUCUCCCUGGAGCCCUGUGUUCAGGGUACUAUUCACCCAACCUGGCUGUGUAGGGGUCUUGGUAGAGUAGCCUAGACUCUCUCCCACUGCUGACCAUACCCCUCCCGCACCUUUGAAGGACCCUGGUCUCGGCUCGAGUGGGAAGAGCAAUGGCUGGCUUCUCUCCAGGAGACCGCUUCUGACUCCCCCUCGCUUUCUUCUACAGAAGACCGUACCCGAGAGCCCCUGCACUCCAGCCCCUCUCUCUGCCCCUCUGUGAGGUGGACCAACCCCUUGGCAAUUUGCUGUCUGAAUUCCAAAGAGCAGACGUCUUGCUUGUCUGAGUGGAGAGAUCCUUGGAGGAAAUGUCAGUGCUUGUUGGUUGGGUUUUGGGGGGUUUUAUUCCUUUUUUUUCCGUCUGUUUUGGCACUGCACCUAGCAGUGAUCGGGGCUCACUCCUGGCUGUGCUCAGGGCUCACUUCUCGGGCUGGGGGACCUUAUGGGAUGCCCGGGAUCAAACCCUGGCCACACGACUGCAUGCACAAGUGCCUUCUCAGCUGUCCUGCCUCUCUGGCCCCAGCGCUUAUUUUGUAAUGCCAAGAGAUCCCGCCUCCUGUGAGCUUUGGGUGAGUAUAGUGACUGGGUCGUGCCCACUCUUGCUAGUUGGACAGGGAAGGGGGCAUGAAUGAGGAAAUUUCAGAGGCCAGCACUACUGCUCCCUGUACCUGCAGUGCUCCACUCCCAGCAGGAAGCUUCAGCUUCCUAGUGGAACAGAUGCUUCCAGCACCAUUAGUAACCUGCCCCAAAGGCACAAGCCAGGGCCCAGCUUUGGGAGACCUACGCCCAUGUCCGUUUGCUGCCAGGGCCUCUGGUUUCCCAGCAUCUGUCACACGAUUCCCAGCAUUCUGCACGGGCACUAGCUCAUCCGAUCGGAGGAGCAGAAGUUCCCACAGUCUGGCCUGCCACCCCCACAGACCUUGACAAAGCCUCUGCUCUCUGCCAGGCACGGUGCUUGGCCCCAGGGAAAUGACAUUCUUGAGGCCCAGCAGCUCGAAGAACUCAGUGCUCUGUGACAAAUGCCGUUCCAAGUCCUGGAACAGAAAGGGGACCCAGGUGGUGGGUUGGUGCUGCGUGGAGGCUGGCUUGGAGAAGGGCCAGGAGAUGAGCGUGGACAAUGGGGGUGGGGCGAUGCUGCCUGACCUGAUGAGGUGGGGAGGAACAGGAGAGCCAGGUCAUCACUGAGGAGGUGGAAGGAGUCACAAGACUUCCAAAUGGGGCAAGAGGAGGAAAGGUGGGUCUAGUCUUGGUUUUUGUUUUGGGGCCACACCCAGCAGUACUAAGGGCUCUCUCUGUACUCAGGGAUCACAGGUUGGCCAGAGUGCAAAACAAAGGCCCUGCCCAGUGCACUGUCUCUCUGGCCCCCAGAUGAGUCUUUUCUAAUCUGCAUUGGAAGGGCUGGAGCCAUAGCACAGCAGGUAGGGCGUUUGUGGCUGACCCAGGUUCAAUUCCCAGCAUCCCAUAUGGUCCCCUUGAGCACCGCCAGGAGUAAUUCCUGAGUGCAGAGCCAGGAGUAACCCCUUUGCAACGCCGGGUGUGAUCCAAAAAGAAAAAAAAAAAUCUGUGCAUUGGGAGAGAGGAGUGGGGUUUUAGUUUGUAUUUUGGGCCACAUACAACAGUGCUUGGCUUAUUUCUGUGCUCAGCGAUCACUCCUGGUGGGGCUCUGGAGGGCCCUCUGCCAUGCUGGGGGUCGAACCCAAGUUGACCACAUCCGAGACAAGUGCUUUCCGACUGUUCUGUCUUUUCUCCUUUCGACGGAAAUGCAAACUAACUGACGGAGGUGCCUGAGGCUGAAUGACAGCUGGUCAUGCAUCAGCUGACUGGGGCAGCCUGAAGCCUAGCAUUGUAAAGGAACUAGAAAUGGACCGGGACCAGAGAGACAGUACAGCAGGUAGGGCAAUUGUCUUGCCUGCAGCUGGCCCAGAUUUGAUCACCAGCGCCCUGCAUGGUCCCCCCAAGCCCACAAGGGGUGAUUCUUGAGCACUGAGCCAAGAGUAAGCCCUGAGUACUGCCAGGUGUGACCCCAAAACAAAAAAAUAACAAAAGUGAGAGAAAAUUGGGGCUGGAGAGAUAGCACAGUGGGUAGGGCGUUUGCCUUGCACGCGGCCGACCCGGGUUCAAAUCCCAGCAUCCCAUAUGGUCCCCUGAGCACAGCCAGGGGUAAUUCCUGAGUGCAGAGCCAGGAGUAACCCCUGUGCAUUGCCAGGUGUGACCCAAAAAGAAAAAAAAAAAAAGUGAGAGAAAAUUUUAGCUAGAACAUAACACUGGACAGGGCAGCUUUGGGUGGAGAAAGACCUUUCUAGAAACAGCAGAUCAAGAUGGGUAGAUUGGGGCUGGAGUGAUAGCACAGCGGGUAGGGCGUUUGCCUUGCACGCGGCCAACCUGGGUUCGAACCCCAGCAUCCCAUAUGGUCCUCUGAGCACGGCCAGGAGUAAUUCCGGAGUGUAGAACCAGGAGUAACCCCUGUGCAUCACUGGGUGUGACCCAAAAAGCAAAAAAAAAAAAAAAAGAUGGGUAGGUUGUGGGAGAUACUUGUGCCUCCAAGUGUUAUGGGACCGAUGAAAGUUGCGGAACGAGGCCCACGGACUAGGAGAGAGAUGACGGUAUUGAAUGCUGUGGGAAACGCAACAGAACAGAGAAAGGGAUUCGGCUGCAGAGAUAAGACAGCAAGGAAGGCGUUUGCCUUGCACAUGACCAACCACAGUUCAGUCCCCAGCAAGACAUGAUCCCUCAAACUGCCAGGAGCAAUUCCUAAGCACUGGGCCAGGAGUAAAACCUGAGCAGCACUGCCGGGUGUGGCUCAAAAAACAAAACAAGAAAAAAUAAAAAGGGGCUGGAGUGAUAGCACAGCGGGUGGGGCGUUUGCCUUGCAUGCAGCCGACCCGGGUUCAAAUCCCAGCAUACCAUAUGGUCCCCUGAGCACCGCCAGGGGUGAUUCCUGAGUGCAGAGCCAGGAGUAACCCCUGUGCAUCGCCAGGUGUGACCCAAAAAGCCAAAAAAAAAAAAAAGAAAAAAAAAAGUCAUAGAAUAAAAUAAGCAUCCUACAUUAAACAAGUGAGUUCAUCACUGUAAUAUGCAGGCUCAUUGAAUAUCUGAAUACUCAUUUUAUCAAAUCACAAGGUGACACCUUGGUCUAAAGUUCUUCCUAACUGAACUGUGCGGUUUUAAACAUCCCCAAUUCUGCAUCUCCAGGACAUCAGGAGAAGCUAUCACCACUGCAAACAGCUGCCAUCCUUCUCUCAGUCCUCACUCAACCACUGGGGCCCAGGGGAGGAGCACGGGAAGCCGGUGAGAGGGGGGAGUGGAAAGUGGCUUAGGUGAGCUGUGUUUCACAGACCAUUACUGGCACAGGGAAUAAAGAAAAGGGGCCAGCAAGGCUGGAGUACAGCAGGGCCUUAGGGCACUUGCCUUGAACACCGCAGACUGGGUUCGAUCCCCAGCACCCCAUGUGGUCUUCCAAGCCUGCCAGGAAUGAUCCCUGAAUGCAGAGCCAGAAAUAAGCCCUAAGUACUGAUGGGUGUGGCCCAAAAAGCAAAAAACAACAAAAGAAGCCAGAGAGAUGGUACAGUGGAAAGGUGGUUUCAUUGCUUGUAACCAACCCAGGUUCAAUCCCCAGCAGCCAGUCUCCUGAGCCCCACCAGGAUGAUCCCUGAGCAACCACCAAGUAUAACCCAACAGCAUGAAAGGUGGGGGGAGGAGGGAAGUGAUGUCUCUGGUAUCCUCAGUCAAACUGGAUGAGGAGUUGGCAGAAGCUCUGCUACCAUGGCUGGGAGGUGAGGAAGGAGAGGCCGGGAAUGAAGGAUAGGCAGGAGAGUUGAGGAGGCAGACACCCCCAGAGGGGGGAGAGGCUGAGUACCAGUGCCAGGCUAGCUGCAGAGCUGCGUUUCUCCUGUGGGAGAGCGCCUGGCUCCUGGCGGCCCUGACUGCUGGUGACACUGGAGGCGGAAUCCGCUGCGCAGGAACAGGGCAUCUUGAGGAAGAAACCUUGGAAGGAAUAAAGGUCUUGGAAUGGAGCCAGAGAAGACAACAGGGAAAGUGCCUAUCUUGCACGUGGCCAACCUGGAUUUGACCCCUGACACUGUAGAGGGUCCCCUGAGCACUGCCGGGAGUGAUCCAUGAGUGCAGAGACAGGAAAAAGCCCUAAGCAUCUAAAAAUAAUGAUUUGGAGCCUCCAGGGAAUGGAGGGGAGCCAGAGCGGUGCUUAGUUCCUUCUGGGGCUCUGGUCCCACAUUUGCAGGGGCAGUGCCCGCCGCCUUGUGGCUGUCCACAGAGCUAAAGUGGUAGGAGCCAGGUCAGCAGUGUGUGGUCUUAGAGGCAAGUUCUGAAAUGAGAUGGAUACAGGGUCCAGAGUGGAUGCUCAAGGUUUCCCUCAAGGUGGCUGUAGGAUUACGAAGGGGAAGGUGGGGCGCCUGAGCUGGGUUCUCAGAGACCCGGGCCAGGCACGCAGUAGGCUGAAGAGCGGAAGCUUCAGUCAUCAGCACAGAGCGUGAGCCUUAAAGGCGGGCCAGGGCUGUCUUUGGGGCAGCUGAGGCGUUGCCGGCAUGCAGGCUAGGAACUGCAACUGUGCAUGCCCAGCUCAAUUCCAGACCUGUAUUUUUUUCAGAAUUGGUUUCAAGCAUCUGUCAGAGAAACCGUUAAAUGCAUCGUUAAAUCAGGAGCAAUACUAGUAAUGAGGACACAAUCAACCACUUCAGCCAUAAUAUAGAUUUGGGUUGAGAUUUCAUAUCUGUUUCAUUCAUUUGUUCCACAAAUAUAAGUUGAGGGGCUGAAGAGAUAGUGUAGGACUGAAGGUGCUUGCCUCAAUUGUGGCUGACCAUGGUUUGAACUUCCAGCACCACAUGUGGCCUCUGAGCACCACCAGGGGUCACUCCUGAGCACAAAGGAAUAGACCCUGAGCAUGUUGGGUAUGGCCCCAAAAUUUAAAUAAAUGAGGGGCCUGAGUGACAGUACUGCAGUUGGGCCCUUGCCUGUUGUGUAGCCAGUCUGGGGUCCCAGCACCCCAAGAGGGUCUCCUGAGCCCUGCUACAAGGAAUCCCUAAGUGCAGAGUCAGAAGUAA